AUGUCUAUACCAGCUGUGAACUUUAACAAUCGUAAUAUUCGAACCAGGCGUACUGGCAAUUCUCAUGGUGAGUCAACAACCCAAUCACCUCAGCAAAAUCGUAACAGAAGAACAAGAUUUAAUUCUCCACCAAGAAAUGAAAGCAGACCAACUCGAUCAACACGCGGAACACCAUUCACAUUAGUUAAAGAAAUGGAUUCUUCAGAUACUGAUUCAUCAGGUGAAGUACAAACAAUCACAACAAGAACAAAAACACCAGAUUUUAUCGAAGUUCCAUCUUCAGAGUCAUCUACUGAAAGCGAUAACGCCGAACCAGUAGGUGGCGAUGUCAACUGGGGCGCUUCUCCACCAAGAGAUAACAAAGUAAAUAAGGAAGUUGAAGAACCAAAGAAAGAGGAAGCUCCAUCUCCACCACAUAACGGCAGAAAGAGAGUAAAACGCGUAAGGAAAGUAUCUCAGCAAGCAGAAGAACCAGAAGAAGAACCUGAAGUCAAACCUCCUCCACCUAAAGCAAAGCCAAAGUUAGAAUUACCAGAAGAGUCAGAGUCCGAGGAUUCUGAAGGUGCUCAGGAAAUCCAAGUUAGAAGAAAACCAAGACAACCAACUCAAAACGAAAAUAAAUCGACUGUCCCUGCUACUACUCUUAGCUCUUCUACAGGAUAUGUUCCUCCACCAAUGCCAGAAGGAAUUAGUGACUUUAUUAUUAUUAGAACUAAGAAAUUUGGUGGUCCCAAAUUUAACAUGAUUCAAAAUGAUAGAAAUGUACUUGUAUCAGAAAUGUCUGGCGAUAAGAUUGGCAAAUACCACAUGAUAUGCUUAAAACCAACUUUCGAAAAAACUUUACCGAAUUAUCAAGGAUUUUUACGUGUUCAUGAAAAUAGUACUAGGUUUACUCUUAUAUCAAACGUUGAGAAGCCAAAUGAUGAUAGAGAUGGCGAAAUUAUGGGAGUUUAUUUGGAUGGAAAACCAAAACAAAGAACUGUUCAUAUUGUUGUUCCUAAAAAUGGUCAGCCAUUCUUCCCAAUAUCAAAGAGAUUGAAUUUGUCCAGACAAGCUAAAGAAAAAACAGAAGAUUUCCUCGAUUACUUUGAAUCAACACAAAGCGAGACAGAUGACUUUGAAAGUGAUGUCGUUACAAAGAGUGUUAAGAACUUUAAGCUUACAGAUAAAGAUGGAAACUUAAUGUUCCAAAUUUACAAAGUUGCCGACAGCCAGUUCAAUGUUAAAGUCGGAAAACCAUUUAACUCGCUUCUUGCAUUUGGUUUAUCCAUGUCAAUUAUCUUAUCGAAGUAA